AUGUGGAUUGGAUUUUAUCAUGAAUUCAUAUAUCCAGGACUGAGAUCUAAUGACGCAACAGAUGAAGCUUUUAUAGUAGAAAUUCUACGGGCAUUGCCAGACGAGGCCUGGGUAUUUCACAGCAUCAAAAGUUGUGAUGUAUCAAGUAGGCAAUUGAUUUUUGUCUCUUCAGUUAGUGUUGAAAAAACUAUAAGUGUAAUUAAAGAAAUUAAUGCACAAAUAGCAACACUUUCCCCUACCUUGAUCAACAAAAACGGUGUAGAUAUUGAAAUUACACACAUAUCAUUUUUAACAAUGGUCGAUGGAAGAGUAGCGGCAGAUAUAUCUUCAAGUGCUGUAUGUACUAUUUGUGGUGCAAGGCCACAGAGAUGA